UUUAGAACUGUAAAAUUGUUGUCAAAAAUGACUAAACAGCUGAUUAUAACCUAGAAAUCAGAGACCAACAAACUAGCUAGAAACCUCCAUGUAAUUAGAAUAAAUUUAGAAAUAAAACAGAAGCGGAGUAGCCAGUUAUAAUGGAAAGAAUAGUAAAAUUCGCUAAAGUUAUUCGGAAUAACUGGAAAAAAUCUGUAGUUGGUGUCAUCGCAUUAUACUAUGGUGGUGCAACACUCAAAGAAAAAUACGAAAUCAAUGUGCUCAUGCGAGCAGCAUGCAAAGAAGCAGCCAAGUAUGGAGAUUCUUUAAUUCCCAUGGAACGAAAUCCAACUGUUAUCACUGUCAUACUCAACCCGGUUGCAAACAAAAGAAAGGCAAAACGGGACUUUGAGAAGUACUGUGAACCUCUCCUGCAUCUGGCUGGAUUGCAGAUGGAUGUGGUUCAGACAACAUCAGAGGGGAAUGCAAAAGAAAUUGUUGAGAGUUUGAAAGGGACUGAGGCGAUUAUUGUUGCUGGUGGUGAUGGAACUCUCUCCGAGACAGUAACAGGUCUCCUGAGAAGGAAUGAUGAGGCAAACAGAUUUCCUCUGGGCAUCUUACCCCUUGGACGCACAAAUUCUAUAGGCAACACACUCUUCCCGGGCGGUGACGGCGUGGAAAAGGUCAAGCAGCUAAUAGACGCAUCAAUGGCCAUCAUAAAGGGAAACACAGUAUGGAAAGAUGUUAUGAGAAUUGACCCAGUAGUUACCGAAGAUGAAACACCAACUCGACCUAUCUAUGCUAUGGCUAGCAUAGAAUGGGGAGCAUUUAGAGAUACUUUGGCGAAACGGGACAAAUAUUGGUUUUGUGGCUCUUUAAGAGAGUAUGCAGCAUUCAUCUUCAAUGGAUAUAAAAACUCUUUAACAUGGAAUUGCAGUGGAACCAUUAAAUACACACCUCCUUGUGUUGGAUGCAGUAAUUGUGUCGCUAAGCGGCCAGAGGUCAAGAGAAAAUGGACAUUCUUUGUGUCAAACACUCAUGCAGCUCAGGACAUAGAUAAGACAAAAAUGGUAAAUCCAGAAUGCUUGAUGACACAAGAGAUUUGUUUCAAGACCAGUGACUUCAAUAUAAAGACACAGAAUGUUGGCAAUUCCCAUCCUAUUCCAGCUUUAAGUAUUAUUUUGGGACGCAAUACUUAUUCGUACACAGAAUUCGUAUCAGAAGGUUGGAACAGGUUGUCAAAAAGUCCUAAUACUGAGCCAAUUUAUGCCAGAACUAUUGAGCUAUUGCCAAAGGAUGCUGAAAGAGAAGUGACAAUAGAAAUAGAUAAAGAAGAAUUUGAUAUGAAACCUGUGAAAAUUACAUUGUUACCUAAAAUAGUGAAAUUGUUUUGCAAUGCCUCUGAUUGAUUUGUUGUAGUAAAUUAUUUUUGAUGUUA